AUGACAGAAUUUAUGAAUGAGGAGGGAUCCCUCCCGUGGGCACCUGGGAGCUCUGCCAGCCCAUUUGGGACGAGAGAUUUGUGGUUGGAGGAGAUUGCUUUGACGCAGGCAAAGAGGCGGGCUUUAAAUGUACCGGAAGUUGAAAUCAAAGACUUCAGUGAGAGGUUCAUGUAUCAUGCGGAAAAACUUGACGUCACUGAAACAGCCUUGAGUAAUUGGUUGAACAGAGCACGGGUGCCCUCAGUGACCUCGGCUAUUGAAAAGAAUGGCCAUAAGCUACCAAACUACUGCCUGAUGGAACUGUAUGCCAUACGCACAGGAAAUCAUGAUUUUUCUGCAAUUGCUGUUGAGUUUUGUAUGGCUGAAACGGCAGAAUUGGCCCUUGCAAGAAAAGCAAAGGAGUUAGAAAAGACAAGAGAAUCGGAGAACCUCUCACUCCCGUCUCACUCCGUAGAGCCGCACGCCAAAACAGACUUGAUGAGUGUAGUCACUACAGCUAGCAGUGAAGCCUCAACAGAAAUAGUCGAGGAUAGUGCCUUCGAAAACGGUAUAAGGAAGGGCACAUUUACCGACGAGACCCACGAUGGAAAUCCGCUCAAUCAAGGACUAUGCUUCACCCUCGCUAGAAAGCAUCAAUUCAGACUGGACAGAGUGCGAACUGCAAGAGACAUCUGA